AUGGAAAAGAAAGUGGAGGGAAUAACUGAUGGUUUGAAUUCUGAUACUAUCAAAGAGAUUGAGCAUAGAGUUAGAGACGAACAUAAUAAUGUCGAUCAAUCAAGAGACCACAAAAGGCGUAGAACUGAACUUCAAAUUCAUGAUGGUGUUGAAAAUCAUCAUGAUUUCCAAAAUACUGUGGAAGUAUACGAGCAACAAGGGCAAGAUGAACAAAGGAUUGGACAGGAUGAGAUGGAAGUAGUAAUUGAACCACGAGUUAUUGAUGAAGAAGAAAAUAAUAGAAGGUCAUCCGUCUCGACACAACCGAGACGUCGUCGUAGACGUAGGCUACAAAAUAUGUACGAUGAACCAGCAGAAUUAACAAAUGAACAAAUUCUUCAAAUGCGCGAAAGCGUUGUUGUUGAUUUGGAUAUUGCUGAACAAAAAGCAAGAGAAAAGAAUGUUAGCCAAAAAUAUAAAGAUCAAUGGAAUAAUAUAUUAUAUACAUCUGGAUUACCACUGAGAGCAAGACCAUUGGUAACUUUAUGGGAGAAUCAUUGUGCACCAAUGCUACAAGAUGAUAUCGUCAGACAAAGAACAACCCAUCCACCGCCAAUGCUAUCUAGUAAUGAUAUUUAUUUGCAAGAACCAAUUAGCCUAUCUUUUACUACUAACAUUCCUGAAAUUAACAAAGAACAUGAUAGAACAAGCAGUUUACAAGAUGUUGAAUCAGAAGUGUUGAGGAGAGGAGAAAGUUCAACAAAUGUAUCAUUAUCAUCUGGGCUUAGAAGGAGUAGAGAUAGUAGUUUGAAUAGAUCUCAUGACAGCAGCGGAUUUAAUUAUGGUGGUAGUGCUAGUGGUAGCGAUUUUUUUGAUUUAUCAGGAGUAGUCGAAAGUGUUGACAAUAGAAACCAAAGAAAUUCGAUUGGAUUUAAUCGAGCAUUAUUGGAUUUAUCAAAAAGUAAUAGCGGUCAAUUAUCGGAUUUUCCAAUAGUUGAUGAUAAUUAUGGAGGCGAUGAGGGUAAUGGUAGUUUAGCAUCAGAAUAUUAUCAAGGAAGAUAUUAUUCUUUGACCUUGCCAAAAGAUCUAAAAGAUGUUAAGCACCUCUAUGAAGUGUUAAACAAUUGUGAAAGUAUUGACAUAUUGAUUUGUUAUGUAACGACUUAUAUAUUUUUGCAAUCCUUUGCAAUACCAGGAAGUGUGAUGUUGAGUGUUUUAGGUGGAAGCUUAUGGGGAAGUUGGAAGGCUUUAGUGAUUUGUUCAGCAACAGGAGCAACAAUUUGUUAUUUAUUAUCUUAUUACUUCGGUAAAAACAUCACUGAAAAAUAUUGGAAGGAACGUAUGAUUAAUUGGAAUCAGCAAUUAAAUGAGCAUAGAAAUAAUUUGUUUUCUUAUAUAUUAUUUUUGAGAGUAACUCCAUUUCUACCAAAUUGGUUCAUCAAUAUUGCAUCUCCUCAUUUAAGAGUUGAUGUUGGUAAAUUUUAUUGGGCAACAUUCCUUGGUGUCGCUCCACUUUCUUUUAUCCAUGUCCAGGCGGGAGAAACUAUACAUGAAAUGUCAGAAGCUGAGAACUUUACAUUUCUAACAAUUCAAAAUAUAACCACAAUCAUAUUAAUCAGCAUUACUGCAUUAAUACCAAUUGUGUUAAAAUCCAAGUUCGCCAAUUGA